AGCUCGUACGCAAUCCCAGGGUAUGUGGUUGCCAUGGAUCCGUGGGUCACAUGCGUGGAUUUCCUGUAGCCAGAAGCAGCAGAAGAGAUGCUUGGACCAAAAAGAUCCACAGCCAUUUUAAUUUGCUAAUUCGCUCAUUUGGACGGUUUCAUGCGAUGUCUGAUAUAUUGGAUAUUUUUGUUCUGUGUUUUUAAGGAGAUCGGACCACAUUCUGUCAUUUUUGCAGCAAACCGGCAUUUUGUCUCAUCCAUAGCUUGACAACAGGAAUGAGUAUAGAAAUCCCUGAAGGACUGACGGAGCUGUUACAGGGCUUUACCGUGGAAGUGUUGAGGAAUCAACCCAGGGAUUUGCUUGAAUUUGCCUUACAAUAUUUCACCCAACUGAAGGACAGCGAGACCAGAGGGGCCUCAUUUGGCAAUGACCAAAAUUCGGCCACAAGACCUGGCAAAGCGGUCAAUUUCAUUGACGAAGCGAUGCAGAUCGAUUCUGAAAACGGCGAAGAGGAUGAGGAUGACGAGGAAUUCAUAGCUCCGGUGAUUAACAGAUUCGUCAGGAGAGCUUCAGUGUGUGCUGAAGCAUUCAACCCUGAUGAUGAAGAGGAAGAGAAGGAGCCAAGGGUCACCCAUCCAAAAACAGACGAACAGAGACGGAGACUACAGGAGGCGUGCAGGAACAUUCUCCUGUUCAAGAACCUGGAGCCGGAAGAGAUCUCGCAGGUGUUGGAUGCCAUGUUUGAAAAGUUUGCCGUCAACGGAGAGCACAUCAUAGAUCAAUUUGACGACGGUGACAACUUCUACGUCAUUGAAAGUGGGACAUUUGACAUCUUCAUGGGGGUCGAGGGCGUUGAUAAGCUGGUGGGUUGCUAUGACAACCAAGGAAGCUUUGGGGAGUUGGCCUUGAUGUACAACACCCCCAGGGCGGCCACGAUAGUCGCAACUUCGCCCGGAGCCCUUUGGUGCCUGGAUCGUCUGACGUUCAGAAGGAUCAUCGUUAAUAAUAAAGCAAAAAAGAGAAGGCUCUACGAGGCAUUCAUCGAAACAUUACCGCUGCUUACAUCACUAGAGCUGUCAGAGAGAAUGAAGGUGGUGGAUGUGUUGUCCACCAAGGCCUACAUCGACGGAGAGCAGAUCAUCGCACAGGGUGAUCUAGCGGACUGCUUCUACAUUGUUGAAUCCGGCCAAGUCAGAAUUACCAUGAAGAGAAGUAGGACGAAAAAGGAGGAAGGAGAAGAGGAACAUGACAUUGCCACGUGUUCGAGAGGCCAGUACUUCGGGGAGCUGGCACUUGUCACCAAUAAGCCCAGAGCAGCCUCAGCCUAUGCCGUUGGAAGCGUCAAAUGCUUGGCGAUGGACGUGCAGGCCUUCGAGAGGCUGCUGGGCCCAUGCAUGGACAUCAUGAAGAGAAACAUUGCAAACUACGAGGAGCAGCUGGCCACUCUGUUUGAUUGCAGCGUUGACAUUGAAGAACAAAAUGCAUAAGUCCACCCCCCCACCCCAUC